AUGAUUUUGCAGUGGGUUUUGGGAAAGCAUAUACUGAAUAAUACAGAAGUCUGUUUUUAUUUACUUGGUGUACAUGAUUAUACCUCUUCACAAUCAGAUGAUGUCAGAGUUUUAAAUAUUGAAUAUUUUAUAACAAUAAAAAUGAAUCCUCCUCUCACAGUACUGUAUUUUCUAACAGAUGAAUCCUCAGACAAAAAGAAGAUUGGAAAAUCCAACACUAAAACACGUUCCAAGAAUACAGAAGAUAACACUGUGUCAAAGACGGAAAAGGAAGAUUCAGAAGGCAGCUCACCUGCUAAUAUUGUACAAAAUGAGAAAAAAAAGAGUGCUUUCCCAACUAUAGACAAACCAUAUCCUUGCCUUGAGUGUGAAAAGACUUUUAGUAAAAGAUCAAAACUUGUUGAACACCAGAGAAGUCAUACAGGAGAGAAGCCAUUUAUUUGCAUUGAAUGUGGCAACUGCUUUCGUCUGAAAUCAUUACUUGACGUGCACCGCAGGACUCACACUGGAGAGAAGCCGUAUGUUUGCCUUGUGUGCGGAAGAGGUUUCUCUCAGAGGUCCAAUCUGAUUAAACACCACAGAACCCAUACAGGAGACAAACCAUACGCUUGUCAGAAAUGUGGAAAAACUUUCCGUACAGGAUCACAACUAAUUACACACCACAAAACACAUACACGGGAAAAGUGUUAUAUAUGCCAGAUCUGCGGCAAAGGCUUUUCUUACAAGUCUUGUCUGAGAUCACACCAGAGAACUCACACAGGAGAGAGGCCACAUGUAUGUCAGAAGUGUGGCAGGAGAUUCUCUAGUAGAUCAAAUUUACUUGUGCAUGAUCGUACCCACACUGGGGAGAAGGCAUAUAUUUGUCCAAAGUGUGGGAAAAACUUCUCACAAAGGUCAAGUCUAGUUAAACACUAUAUGAUUCACACAGAUGAGAAGCCGUAUAUUUGUGAGGAAUGUGGCAAAGGCUUCUCUGAUAGGUCAGAUCAUAUUAAACAUAUAAAAACACAUUUAAAAGAGAAGCCACAUGCUUGUCCUGACUGUGGCAAAUGUUUUGCUGCAAAAUCAGGAUUUGUAAAACAUUACAGAAUACACACAGGUGAGAGGCCGUAUGUUUGUCAGCAUUGCGGGAAAAGUUUCACUCAAAGUCCACAUCUGGCCAAACACCAAAGGACUCAUGAAGUAAGGAAAUGAGAUGUGCUAUGGUAAUUAGGCAAUACUUGCCUUAGCAGACAGAAGAAGGGUCACGGUUUAUAGAAUCCAUGUUUACCCUGGGUAUUUGACAUGGGAUUUAUAUAUGGAUUACAUUAGUUCAUUCAUGGCAGGUCUCUGGCAUGGGAAGAUUUCUUUGCCUGUUGGAGAGACAGCGCUUUAUACUGAACUCUCUAAAAAACAGAUAGCAAAACCCACCUCAGCAUUGUAUCAGCAAUGUAUUAUUUAUAUUCAUGUCUAUUCAAAGAGAAGAACACAGCAUUGUUAUAGAUAAGCUUAAGCCACUCUUUACUGUUACCAGUUAGGAAAUCUAAUUCGGAUGAGUAUAUUUUCACUUUCUACUGACAUCGUAUACUAUUGGGUAGUUGGUUCUUAGAAAAAAUAGUUUCUCCAAAGUCUCCUAGCUCCUCUUUUUCCUCCAUAUCAUCAACUUUUCUUUCUUUCUUCAUUUUGUCACAAACUAAACAAAAUUGUGUUUGAAGUGUUUAACUUUCAAAAUAAUUCAGUAGUUUUUAUUAUGAAAGGAUGCAGCUAUACUUGGUACCUCUUCAUGACAUUGCAGAACUAUGGAUAUGGUCAAUACACCGAAUGUCAUUAGUAGUCAGGUGGUUGACAUUGUAUUCAGCAGAUAACAUGUUAAAUCUCUAAACAAAAACACAGAUGGUUUAUAAAGUUGGAAUAAUUCCACUAUGGCUUAUGUUUUACGAUUAUUCCAGUGGUGCUUUGUGCGGGCACCUUGGUCUUCCGUACAUAUGGUUACUAGUUUCUUUGCUUCACCUCAAGAAGCUCUGCAAAUGAUUUUUUGUAGGUUUUGUUUCCUUUUUACACUGUAAAUGUUUCAUAUUUAUACACAGCUUCUUGUACUUCUGGUUUAUAUGUAAUAGACAGGUUUUAAGAUGUUUAUUCAGAAUUACUUCAUGCAAAGCCAAUUUAUGAUUAAGUCUUUUUUCCCUAUAUUUAUCUUACAAAUAGUUCCUAUUUUUGCUCUAUGUAACAUUGCUGUUACUUAUGGACUUGUUAAAGCCGUCAUCAGGCUAAUUAUGGCGGUGUUCUCUCCAGGACCUGUCUAAUGGGCACACCACCUGGCUGAUUUUACUGACCACCCUACUGAAAUGUGAGCCAAUGUUAAAGGGACAGGCUACUUGACAUUUUUUAUUGUUUAAAAAGAUAGACAACUCCUCUACUUCUCAUUCCCCAGCUUUGAACAACCAACAUUUUUAUAUUAAUAUACUUUAUAAUGUCUAAACAUUAUGUGCUAGUUCAUGUGUGCCAUAUAGAUAACAUUGUGCUUACUCCUGUUAAAAUAUUUGUGAGUCAGCACUGAUUAGCUUAAUAGCACUGAAAUAAGGGUCAGUCUGCAGAGGCUUAGAUACAGGGUAAUCACAGAGGUAAAAAGUGUAUUAAUAUAACUGAGAUAAGGGGCAGUCUGCAGAGGGUUAGAUACAAGGUAAUCACAGAGGUAAAAAGUGUAUUAAUAUAACUGAGAUAAGGGGCAGUCUGCAGAGGAUUAGAUACAGGGUAAUCACAGAGGUAAAAUGUAUAUUAAUAUAACUGAGAUAAGGGGCAGUCUGCAGAGGGUUAGAUACAAGGUAAUCACAGAGGUAAAAGUGUAUUUAUAUAACAGUGUUGGUUGUGCAAGACGGAGGAAUGGGUAAUAAAGGGAUUAUCUAUCUUUUUAAACAAUCACAUUUUUCAAGUAGACUGUCCAUUUAAGCUAAAAUGAGCUACUAUUAAUUUGAUUUCAAUGUUUAUUGCACAAAUUAUCAUUAAAUUAAUUUGUUAAAUUAUGCAAUUAAUGUGUUCUAUGUAUAGUUUAUGUAACAUUUAUAAAUAACAAAAAAUGCUAUAAUACACAUUACACGUCCCCCACACGACUAUCCAAUUUAUAAAACAUUCUGCAGUGCUGUAUGUUGCCACUUUUAUUAUGAAGAUAUUGAUUUAUCAUAAGUAUACAAUACUGAUAUGUUUAUUGCAUAGGAAGUAAUUUCCUAGCUACUUUCUACAAACUUUGAAAUAGAGGGAAGUGGUACGCCCAUAAUAAAAUCAGUUAUUUUACAUUUAUGUCAUGAUGAAACUUACUGUCUUAGAUUAUUGUAAAACCUAGUGCUAGUUAUCCUUUAAUUAUUUUUAGUGCUUUUUUAUGGUUUGAAGAAUUUUUAGGACUUGGGAAGAUUUAAAUAUUUUAAAUGUGUUUAAGCAGAAUACCUGCUUGCAACUUCUUAUGAAGGUUAGAAGCAGAAUACUUGUUUUCAACUUCCUACAAAGAUCAGGUGCAGAAUACCUACUUGCAAUCUCCUACAAAGAUCAGGUGCAGAAUACCUGCUUGCAAUCUCCUACAAAGAUCAGGUGCAGAAUACCUACUUGCAAUCUCCUACAAAGAUCAGAUGCAGAAUAUCUGCUUGCAAUCUCCUACAAAGAUCAGAUGCAGAAUACCUGCUUGCAAUCUCCUACAAAGAUCAGGUGCAGAAUACCUGCUUGCAAUCUCCUACAAAGAUCAGAUGCAGAAUACCUGCUUGCAAUCUCCUACAAAGAUCAGGUGCAGAAUACCUGCUUGCAAACUCCUACAAAGAUCAGGUGCAGAAUACCUGCUUGCAAUCUCCUACAAAGAUCAGAUGCAGAAUAUCUGCUUGCAAUCUCCUACAAAGAUCGGGUGCAGAAUACCUGCUUGCAAUCUCCUACAAAGAUCAGAUGCAGAAUACCUGCUUGCAAUCUCCUACAAAGAUCAGAUGCAGAAUACCUGCUUGCAAUCUCCUACAAAGAUCGGGUGCAGAAUAUCUGCUUGCAAUCUCCUACAAAGAUCAGAAGCAGAAUACCUGCUUGCAACUUCCUACAAAGAUCAGGUGCAGAAUACCUGCUUGCAACUUCCUACAAAGAUCAGAUGCAGAAUACCUGCUUGCAAUCUCCUACAAAGAUCAGGUGCAGAAUACCUGAUUGCAACUUCCUACAAAGAUCAAAUGCAGAAUACCUGCUUGCAAUCUCCUACAAAGAUCAGGUGCAGAAUACCUGCUUGCAACUUCCUACAAAGAUCAGAUGCAGAAUACCUGCUUGCAACUUCCUACAAAGAUCAGAUGCAGAAUACCUGCUUGCAAUCUCCUACAAAGAUCAGAUGCAGAAUACCUGCUUGCAAUCUCCUACAAAGAUCAGAUGCAGAAUACCUGCUUGCAAUCUCCUACAAAGAUCAGGUGCAGAAUACCUGCUUUCAACUAACUACAAAGAUCAGAUGCAGAAUACCUGCUUGCAACUUCCUACAAAGAUCAGAUGCAGAAUACCUGCUUGCAAUCUCCUACAAAGAUCAGAUGCAGAAUACCUGCUUGCAAUCUCCUACAAAGAUCAGGUGCAGAAUACCUGCUUUCAACUAACUACAAAGAGCAGAUGCAGAAUACCUGCUUGCAACUUCCUGCAAAUAUCAGGUGCAGAAUAUCUACUUGCAACCGUCUACAAAGAGCAGAUGCAGAAUAUCUGCUUGCAACCUCCUAUGAAGAUCAGAAGCAGAAUAUCUGCUUGCAACCUCCUAUGAAGAUCUAUAAAAUGACAUUUGUUUACACAAUACUUUUGUUUUUAAUUGUAGUGUAUAUCAUGUAAUAAAGCUCUUAAAACAU